AUGUCUCAAGAAGACUACCCUACAGAUUUUGUACUGGACAGUAUAGAAGCAAUCAUGACAAAAUCAAAGAAGCUAAAAGUCCUGUUAGUUCUCUCUCCUAUGCAAGCAAUUCUUGACUAUGAGCUUUCCCACUCCAUCCCCCCCGGCUGGAUAAACACCAGCAUCUCUGCCGCCUCGCCCCACGGGUACUGGCACCGCCUGGAGCGCGGCGAGCUCCCCCUCGACAACACCUUCUUCGAAGGUUUCAGCUCAGACCUACACAACCCUUCUGUCUGGUCCUCCUUCUAUAAAAACAAGGCCCGGAAAGCAAACCCCAGUCUCACUGCAGAAGUCCCGCCUGUUCCCAAAGUCGACGCCUCAUUUCUCUUCUGGGAAAUGAUGUCCCACAGUCGCGCCUUCGAUCCCUGGAUGGCCCCCGCCCUUCACACCCUUAAAAAGAACGCAUCCGAAACCUAUAUUCUCGCCGCCCUCUCCAACACUGUAAUAUUUCCCCCGGGCCACCCCUAUGCCAACCCGCCCCCAGAGAGCGACAUCCGGGCCCUCUUCGACGUCUUCGUAUCUAGUGCGCAUGUCGGAAUGAGAAAACCCGACCCGGCAAUCUACGCCCAUACGCUGCAGACCCUCAACGCGUGGGCCCGAUCCAACGCCUCCACUGCCCGCGGCCAGGCCCUCAACCUCUCUUCCGGCAUCAUAGCCGAGGAUGUCCUCUUCCUGGACGACAUCGGCGAGAACCUCAAGGCAGCCCACGCCUUCGGCUUCCACACCAUCAAGGUCCCCCUCGGGCGCGCCUACGAGGCCGUCGCCGAGCUGGAAUCCAUCACCGGAAUGGAGCUAGCAGGGAGCCAUCCCCGGAUCCCGUUGAUCACCCCUCACAUGCUCCAAUCUGAUCAGAAGGCUGGGAAUCGGAAGAAGGCGGCGGCGGCGGCGGCAAAGUUGUGA